CUUUGUCAGCAGUGGUUCUCCACCAUUUCGCUGCGUCUAAAAGUCUCCUCCCCGCAACCACUAGAUUCGGCGAGCCGAACCCGCUCUCUUUCAGUCCGCAUUAUAACUUCUUCCCACGGACCUACUCCUACCUCGUUGGGUACCGAGAGACAAUUUGGAAUACUAUCAUCACGGAUUGAGUACGAUUUUAUCCGGAUGACGACUCCAUCAACAAGAAUUUUGUAAAAGAAAACUGGUCGGAAAUUUCAGAGUAUGUGGACAGGACCUUAAUCAGCAUCCUGGAAGUGGAAAGCACGGAAUCGCUGUGUCCCACACCACAGACAGGUGCAGUGUGUAGCCGGAGCAGCACAGAGGGAGGAAGCUCUGGGGAGGAGGCGGUGCAGCAGCGCACCCCUCCGGCUGUGGAUGUGCUGGGUGACAACCCCCAGGCUGCGCAAAAUGUGGCCUCUGCGCCUCUCCCACCACUGGAUAACACGACCACGUCACACCCUGAAAGACACGGACGCGUCAGUGAAAAUAACACACCCACAGAGACUCACCCCAACAACAACACUAAGGACAGCCUUGAAAGAGGGGCAAUGUCAGAUAGUGGUGGUGGAGGAAGAUUGGGCCCGUUGCACCCCAAGGACCCUAGUCUCUCUACAAAGUCCCAUUCAUACAGACUCUCUGACACACAGACAGAUGGAACAGCGCAAUAUUCGCAUUAUGUGUCACAAACUGAUAACAGCAGCCACACAGACAGACAAACGAGCGGUACAGAGUGGAGUGCUGCUGGACCAGGCCAGGACCAGGCUCUGCAUAAGAGAGUUGCAGGUGGACUGGUGGUCGUCAGUGGGCCAGAAAGGGGCCAGCCUCUCCCAGAGAAAUUGGAAUAUAAACAAGAGACUGGAAUUGAGGAACUUGGCAGAGAACACCCAGCUAGAAACCUUCCCUCUAAAUCCUGCUCAACAGUGUCCCCACUUCCCCUCAGCCCAAAUAAAGAUACAGUCCCAGACCACAACGAAGACAGAGGGAUGGAGCAGCCUCAAACAACUCCGCCGACUCAGGCAAAUCAGGCCAGCCACAUACCUCUGUCUGAAGUCCAAGAGCAAGCAGGCAUUCUCCCAAAUUCUGAGCAGCCUAUCCCCCCAGUGCUUAUCACUGACAACAGUAAGAAGAAACAAACAGACAUCUCCACAGAACCUAAAAUCACACAGAACUCGAAUUACGACCAAGAAGAGAUACAGGGAGCUAAUGCAGUGGAUCAGGGACCACAAGAAUCUGAGAGAUCUACGGAACUGUCUGAGAGUAGACAUGUCACACUUGGGAGUUCACAAACGCUACUUCCAGACCCACCAACUGACAUAUCCGGGACCCCACAGUCAAGAGAAACAUACUCUGGUCUUGUCCCCUACACGCCCCCUGGCAGUGGUAAUUCCACCCCAGACUACACAACUGACAGACAGGAGAGUGAGCGCGAUAUCCAGACAAAUCCCCCUCUCCCAACAGAAGAACGGAUUGAGACUAACAGGGCGAAGGAGACUGAAACGGCCAAGCACUCACCCAACUUUACAAUCCAGUCACAAAGCUCUUUUCUACAGGAGACAACAGCAACAACCCCUCCUAUCCACCACCUCCCCAGUACAGAAAUAGACUUAAUGCAGACAGAACAGACAGAACAAUCUAUUGAAGUUCAGAUGUCUAAUCCUGACCACAAAACCAGGAUGGAGACGCCACUGGUCUCUGAGCUCGUGCUGUCAGCUGAUGCUCAAGGAGCUGUGAUGCAUGGAGGAGAGACCAGCCUGGAGUUGUCUGAGGAGGUGCAGGUGGAUCAGUGUGUCCUCCUGGAAGAACAUCUUGUCAGUGGUGAUACUGCUGUUAUUGAAUUAACCUCCGAACAUUCUGACAGAGAACCAAAGUCGUUUAUUGAAGGGACCCAUUCGGAUAUCGAAAUAGACCCACUGGCUGCAGGAGAAUUUGAGAUUUAUAGCUUUGUGGAGGAGGAGAUUGCGAUAGAAGUUGUUGGAGAGAGAACGUCCCUCUCCCCAAGCUACGAAGUAAACUUAUUCACCCCACUCAUGGAACACUCUGAGAAUUGUACAGCCAGUGAGGGACGAGAAAUACGCCUGCUAUCUCACCCUCAAGCGAGUAAUGACAAUGAUCAAGUCAUUAUCCAGCAUCAAAAUGGCUUUACCCCUAGUCUCUCCACACAAGAUGUAGAGAUGACUGAUGAAGGGCAGAAUUCUGAGACCGAAAACACAACUACUGAAAUUGACAAUACUGUGUUGGAAGAUUCAAGUGAGGUUUGUGUAGUCCAAACUGUCCCAAUAUCAGAUACUCCAGAUGGACAGAUGGACACCUGUACACAAGCUGCAUUACCUUGUCUGGAGAUCAGCACAGCUGUCUCAGACAAUAGAGGGGUGAGAAUUUCCCCAGCCACAUGUCUGAGUGACACCCAAACGCUGCAAGGGGAAACGGAAGUGAGAGCAAUGGCCAGUACAUCUUCUCUUGUCUCCCCAAUGGAAGAAUUAACAGAGGGGGUUGUUGUACAGUCAAACAGUCAACACAGUAUUGAGGUCCUCUCGUCCCCAAUUACCAUACACUUGCCAGAGGGUAGAAAGCAGAAUUGUCCUCUAAAAGAGGUACCAGGAGCCACCUUACAAAAUACUACAGAACCCAAGCCCUGUGUUUCUUCUGAUGAAGGGACCAAACAUUCACAGCCCUGUCCAACACUGACAGGUAACCCAGUGGAGACCCAGCAGGAUGUUUAUCGUACUGUUAAUGUGACAGCAACCGAGGCCAACCCAGAGGCUUCCCGGUCCACACUCUCUUCUGGCAUCAUCGACCCAAAACUCCUCCUACUAAAGCGUGGGGACACCCCUCUCCUCAAACAUCCUCCCUCCUUAUUGUUGGGGGUAUCUAGGCAGCAGAGCAGCAGCCUGACGCAGGCUAGCACUAGCAGCUUCAGCUGUGGCUCAGACACAGCACCUGUAUUAGAGUGCCUUCCAAACGCUGUGUCAGUCGCUGUGCCUAUGCCUGUAAGCAGUCAUAGAGACCAGACAGAGCCCUCUGUCAAGAGAAAACCCACAGCAGCACCUCCUGCUAUUCCCGCUACAAACACCCCAUCCCAGUCCCGUAUGCCCCCUCCAUCUAAUCCCACACCAUGCAAAUCUGACAAAGAGGCCUUAACUCCAAUCAAAACAUCCACAGGCAAAGCAGUGACUCUGUCUCAAACCCUAAACCCCCCAAAUAUCAUCAAUGCGUCUUCCAAGCCCCUCUCUGCCCCCAAGUUGCCCUCAACAUCAGGCAAUGUGACGAGGAGUAAACUCUUCAGUGAUGGGAGCCAGUCCGGACCACCGCCUGUCAUCCGGCCACGGCUAGCCGGUGUGAAGGGCCCAGGGCUCAGCAGCCCCACGGAGGAGAGCAGUGAUGAGGAGGCUGACCUGGCAGUGGAGGCCCAGCCUAGCCGCAGGAGCAUGGUCAACCCCAGCCCAGCAGUGAGCAAGCAUGAGCAGAGACAGAGCAGGCCAGACAGAAAGGCCCUUUUCUCAAAGGUACGCCAGUGGAUAGCAGACAGGGUCACGCAAAGUUUGUCACCCGCCUCCUCAUCCACUUCAUCCCCCUCUCCUGGCCUAUCAUCCUUCAUUGACUGGACUCCCAGCACUACUCCCCUCAUUCUCCGAGGUGCCCAGGGCAGGUUCCUCUCUCCGCCCUCUAUGGGCCCAGGAGGCUCCUCCCCAUCGGACCCUGUCACUCCACAUCGACCCCGCAUGGAGCGUCACGCAGACAUGGCUGAACUAGCCAAACACGAGGCGGAGAUAGAGGGCAGGACCGUAGCGUUGAAGAGGGAAGGCUUUUGGUCUAUGAAGCGACUGACUCGCCUGACGGAGCCGGUCCGGCCCAAGGUUCACUGGGACUACCUGUGUGAGGAGAUGCAGUGGCUCUCGGCCGACUUUGCCCAGGAGAGGAGGUGGAAGAGAGGGGUCGCCAGGAAGGUGGUGCGGAUGGUGAUGCGACAUCACGAGGAGCUGCGGCAGAAGGAGGAGAAGGCCAAGAGGGACGAGCACGCCAAAAUCAGACGAGUCGCCUCCAACAUAGCCAAGGAGGUCCGGGCCUUCUGGAGCAGUGUUGAGAAGGUGGUGCAGUACAAGCAACAGUCCCGGUUAGAGGAGAAGAGGAAGAAGGCUCUGGACCUCCAGCUGGACUUCAUCGUGGGCCAGACAGAGAAAUACUCUGACCUCCUCAGUCAGGCCCUGGAAACGGCACCGGCUGGGAACAGUGAACCUGCACCCUCACCACCCAAAAAAUGUCUUCCACUUGUUGUGGAUGAAGAUGACAGAGACUUUGAGCCUCCGUGUGGUGGUGAGGAGGAGGAUGAUGAGGAGACCAUCGAAGUGGAGGAGGAACAGGAUGGCAAUGACCCUGAGACCCAGAGGAGGGAGAUUGAGCUGCUGAGACAGGAGGGGACCAUGUCCCUGGCAGAGCUUCUCAGCACCCUCAAACGGCCCCUUUCACAGGACUACGAAGAAGAGUGCUCAGACAAUUCGUCCACAACAGUGGACGAAGACGCAGAGUUCACAGCCAACGAAGAGGAUGCUGAAGAUGAGGAGGACACCAUCGCAGCCCAAGAGGUGGUGGAGGGGGAAGCAGAUCAUGCAGGCGAGCUGGAUGACUUGGCCAAAGAAGGUGACAUGACUGUGGAGGAGCUGCUGGAGAAGUACAAAGGAGCGUAUGCCUCUGAUUUCGAGGAGCCCUCGGCAUCCGCCUCUCCUGCCAGCUCCGAGGAGUCUGAAAAUUCUGUAGACGAGGAAGAGGAGAGCGAGGAAGACGAAAGUGACGUGGAAAGCAACAUCACCACCUCAGAUAAUGAGGACAGUGAUGAGGAAGAGGUCAUUGACAAUGAUGAAGAGGACAGUGAUGAAGAUGAGUGCAACGAGGGGAUGGAGAUCCUGCUGAAGGAGGGGGACCACAGUCCCCCUCUCCCAACCGGCCCGCGGCCCAAGAAGGAGAUCAGCCACAUUGCUGCUACUGCAGAGAGCCUGCAACCCAAAGGCUACACCCUUGCCACAACCAAGGUUAAGACUCCCAUUCCGUUCUUGCUGGUGGGCCAGCUGCGUGAGUACCAGCACAUCGGCCUGGACUGGCUGGUCACCAUGUACGAGAAGAAGCUCAAUGGCAUCCUGGCUGACGAGAUGGGCCUGGGGAAGACCAUCCAGACGAUCGCCUUGCUAGCUCACCUCGCCUGUGAGAAGGGUAACUGGGGGCCCCAUCUUAUUAUCGUGCCAACCAGUGUGAUGCUGAAUUGGGAGAUGGAGCUGAAGCGCUGGUGUCCUGGAUUCAAAAUCCUCACUUAUUACGGCAGUCAGAAGGAGAGGAAACUCAAGAGACAGGGUUGGACCAAGCCCAAUGCCUUCCACGUGUGCAUCACCUCCUACAAGCUGGUGCUGCAGGACCACCAGGCCUUCCGUCGCAAGUCCUGGCGCUACCUCAUCCUGGACGAGGCCCAGAACAUCAAGAACUUCAAGUCCCAGCGCUGGCAGAGCCUGCUCAACUUCAACAGUCAGAGGCGCCUGCUCUUGACGGGCACCCCGCUGCAGAACAGCCUGAUGGAGCUGUGGUCCCUGAUGCACUUCCUCAUGCCCCAUGUCUUCCAGUCUCACAGAGAGUUUAAGGAGUGGUUCUCCAACCCCCUCACCGGCAUGAUUGAGGGCAGUCAGGAGUACAAUGAGGGCCUGGUCAAGAGGUUACAUAAGGUGCUCAGGCCGUUUCUGUUGAGGAGAAUCAAGGUGGAUGUGGAGAAGCAGAUGCCUAAGAAAUAUGAGCAUGUGGUGCGCUGCCGUCUGUCCAAGAGACAGCGCUUCCUCUACGAUGACUUCAUGGCACAGGCCUCCACCCGGGAAACGCUGGCCAGCGGUCACUUCAUGUCUGUGAUCAACAUCUUGAUGCAGCUCCGUAAAGUGUGUAACCACCCCAACCUGUUUGACCCGCGGCCCAUCCACUCCCCCUUCAUCACCAAGCCCAUCGUCUUCCACACGGCCUCCCUGGUACAGAGAGCCCUGGAGAUCUCCCCAUUCAAGCGCGGUGACCUGUCUUUGUUUGACCUGGUGGGUCUAGAGGGCAGCGUGUCCAGGUACAAGGCCGACGUGUUUCUGCCCCGACGGAAGGUCAGCCGCCAGCUGAUCCAGGAGAUCAUGGAGUCCCCCGACCCUCCUCCCCGCCCCAAACCUGUUCGUAUGAAGGUCAACAGGAUGUUCCAGCCCUUACCUAAGGCUGAUGGUUGCACGGUGCUGGUGGUGAACAACCCUCGGCUCACCUGCCCGGUCACCCCUGCUGCUCAGGCCCCAAGGCCCCGUCUCAUCCAGGAUGUGACCCCAACCCUCACCCCUUCACCUCUAGUCCAACAAGCGGUGUAUUCAGUGGCACCCACUUCCCCUUCACGCCCGCCUGUGCACCCCAGCGGCCCCUGUGCGGUGGGAACUGUCAUGAGGUCUGGCUCCCCAAUGCCAGUCCUGGCUGUACGCUCGCCCACCGUGUCCUGCAACCCCGCCACCCAUUCCACCCCUCCUUCCAGCAACGUUAUGACCCAACGGGUUCUGCUCAGCCCAGACAUGCAGGCCCGACUUCCCUCUGGGGAGGUAGUGAGUAUCGCCCACCUGGCCUCGUUGGCUGGGCGUCCUGUGUCGUCGUGCCAGGGCAGUAAGCCUGUUACCUUCCAGCUGCAGGGCAACAAGCUCACCCUGUCUGGAACCCAGCUCCACCAGGUCCCUGUGGCCCCUCCACGCCCAGUACAAGGUAACUUCAUGCAUCUGGUGACCAGCGGAGGGCAGCACCACCUCAUCAGCCAGCCAGCCCAGGUAGCAGUGUUCAGUUCAGCCAACACCCAUGCUGCCACCCCCUCUCCCGCACCCUCGGAAAUCCAGCUUCCUCUCAACGCUUCUCAAGUGCCCUCCUCCAUGGUGACCAACUCUGGGAUUGUGAAGAUCAUGGUACGCCAGUCAAGCAAGGAAGGAGGAGGUGUACCCACCCUGGCAGUGCCCCCUUCUCCCCGCGUAGCCCCCCAGGCAUCACCCUCCAUACACCACCAUGCCAAUACCAACAUUGCUCUGAGAUCUCCCCUUGCACAUUGCCACCCCGGACCCGCCACUGCUCAAUACACCCUGGCCCCCCCUAGAACCCCUACGUCAGUCACAAUUAGAACCUCAGCCCCUCCUCGAAUCCCUAUCCCAGCCCCUCCUCGAACCCCUACUCCUGCCCUCCUUCAAAACCCUACCCCAGCCCCCAGUCAGCCUGAGCCCCCUCGCCCAGUGCUGAAGGUAGUAAAAGGGCCAGCAGAAACCAGCACAGAACAGAAAGCUCGUCUGAAUUCUUUGUCAACGCGUGAGGAGAGCAGCGACACUAAAUCAGCCGUACCUAAAUCAGGGUCCCAUGUUGGUGGAUUUGUCCCUCCUCGACCUCGGGCACAACCUCGCCCACAUCCUCGCUCCCCCUUUUACAUGUCAUGGCUGGCAGACAGCCUCAAGAAGCAGCGAGACAGCCGCCUGGCCCAAAUCAUCCGGAUCAAUGACCUGCACUGCAGCGCCAAGCCCGUGUACGGCCAUGAGGUGCUGGACUUCCUCACCUUCCUCCCGGGCUCCUGCCCUGCUCCGGCCCCCAGGGCCCUGGGUCAGUGGGGCCGCUCGGGCCACACAGCCUGCUUAUUCGCCCAGUCCCAUAGCACCGUGGACUACUGGCACCAAAGCCGCGCCCUGAGGGAGGCCAUCCACACCACUGAGGACAGGCUGCAGCUGCUCAAAGAUGUGAUAGAAAGGUUUACAUUUGUGAUCCCACCGGUGGAGGCUCCGACCAUCACCAUGCACAGCUGCCACCCCCCUCCAUCUCUGAGCCACAAGCAGGCCGUGUUCACCUCGCUGCUCUCCUCCCAGGUGGCCCCGCUCACACGCAGUCUGCACCGCAUCCAGUGCAACAUGAGGACCCACUUCCCUGACCUGAGGCUGAUCCAGUACGACUGCGGUAAGCUGCAGACGCUCCACACUCUGCUGCGAUGGCUGAAGGAGGGCCAACACCGCGUGCUCAUCUUCACCCAGAUGACCCGCAUGCUGGACGUGCUGGAGCAGUUUCUUGGCUACCAUGGGCACAUCUACCUUCGCCUGGACGGCAGCACCCGCGUCGAGCAGAGACAGUCCCUGAUGGAUCGCUUCAACGCGGACCGCCGCAUCUUCUGCUUCAUCCUGUCCACGCGUAGCGGCGGCGUGGGGGUGAACCUCACGGGCGCCGACACAGUGGUGUUCUACGACAGUGACUGGAACCCCACCAUGGACGCCCAGGCCCAGGACCGCUGCCACCGCAUCGGACAGACCCGCGACGUCCACAUCUACAGGCUGAUCAGUGAGCGCACGGUGGAGGAGAACAUCCUGAAGAAGGCCAACCAGAAGAGGAUGCUGGGAGACAUGGCGAUCGAAGGAGGCAACUUCACCACUGCUUUCUUCAGACAGCAAACCAUCAGGGAACUAUUUGAUGUGACGGAGGGGGAGAAGAAGGAGCUGAUCGUGGAGCUCUCUGUGCCCCAGCCUGAGGAAGAGGAGACUGUCACCAAACAGAGCACCACCAUCCUGGAGCAGGCCCUGUGCCGUGCCGAGGAUGAGGAGGACAUAGUGGCCGCCUCCCAAGCCAAAGCAGAGCAGGUAGCUGAACUGGCAGAGUUCAACGAGGCCAUCCCAUUGGACGAGGCUGGUGAAGGGAGGGACCCAGAAGAAGAGGAGCUCUCCAAGGCCGAGCAGGAGAUAGCAGCUCUUGUGGAGCAGCUAACACCUAUAGAACGCUAUGCUAUGAACUUCCUAGAGGAUUCAUUGGAGGAUGUGUGCAAGGAGGAAUUAAAGCAAGCUGAGGAGCAGGUGGAGGCUGCCAGGAAGGGGCUUGACCAAGCAAAGGAGGAAGGCCUGAAGCUGCAAGCAGGCUCCUCAGACAACGACGACGAGGACUUCUCAUCACAGCCAGCAGAGGAGCCCUCGACUCCCGGGUUGGGCCGCCGCCCACGCAAACACAAAGAGAAAGGCGCCCCCUCCACCAGGACCAGCGGCAGGCUCCGAGGGACCACGGCCUCCCCACCGCCCACUUCGCCAGAGCCCGACACCCCCACCCCCAGAGAAGUGCCUGAAAGACUCCGCUCUGCUCUGAGAGGACGAGGGGGGGCCAAAGACACCACCACCCCGGCUCGCACAGAGCACCCAAGGGCCCACACCACCUCAUCAAGGCUCCAGGAAUCUGCCAAACCUGCAGCGACAACCCCGGCCUCUCCUUCUAGAGACUCCAGUCUCAUAUUCGGGUCGGCAGCGCCACUUCUCCGGACCCAGUCCCACUCCAGCUCAGUGCCUUCCACUGCCACCAGUCCUCCAGCUGGGAAACCACUGACACAACCAGGGGAGUCAGACACCAAGUCACCCAGGAGUGAGCAGGGAGUGUGUGUCUCCUCGGAUUCCAUGGGUCCGGUGGACCACCAGUCAUACUCUACCCAGGCCAGGGAUUAUGACAGCAGGGACCAGAAGUCCCUGUCUCCCCCCUUGGUGUGCUCUCUCUCCCGGUCGCCACGCAAGCGCCAGUCAGCCGACGGGGAGGUCCUGCUAGGCCUCCCGGAACAUUCCCCGUCGGCCAAGGUGCUGAGGAAGCUCCCUGGUCGCCUGGUGACAGUGGUGGAGGACAAGGAGCCCAGGAAGAAGAGGAGAGGCAGCGGAACGGGAGGAGGCUCAUCAGAGGAGACGGAGCACGCGGAGUCGGGCCGAGGCUCAGACGUGCCAAGCAGAGACGCUACAUCCCAGGCCCCUGACAAAACCAAACAGUCCCCCAAAGAGAAAGGGACUGCCUCAAAAUACUCCUCAAAGAUCACCAACCUCCCAGAGGACCAAGAAUCCCCUUUAAGACACAUCCAUCCUGCCAGAAGCUACCCUCCUUACUCCCCACCCCACCACUCCCCUGACAUGCCGGUGCUGAGGAACCUGCCGGUGCGGCGGCGGCUUGAGAGUGAGUCUCGCGUGGCGGCCCAGUUAGGAGAACAGGGUCUGGGCCGAGGGAGAGGGGGGAACUACCACAGGAAAAUGGACACUCAGCCAGGAAAAGAAGGCAACGCAUCCUCGGGCACUAAUGUUGCUAACUCGACCCCGCCGUUGAAACGAAAGAGGGGCCGACCCCCCAAGACUCCCCUCAGGGUGGUGGAACCCCAGCCAGAGCAUCUAUCCCCUCCCCACCCUAGCUUACCAAGCGAGGAUGGGAGCCCCCCCUUCUCCCCAAAACGCAAGAGAGGUCGUCCCCGUAAGAACUCGACUACUGUAACGAAUGCAGUGGGUGCAGGAAAGAACUCAAACACCCCCACUGCCAGCACCACCAGCCAAGCUGGUUCCCUGUCUGACACUGCUGCUGCAGACACAGAGCCACUAGCCCCGUCUGCCCCCACUAAGCCUCAAACUGUGGCCACCUCUGCUGUCUGCACCAGCCAAGCCUCUCCGUCUACCAAAGCUGAGGACUCCACCGCAACAUUAAAAGCAGACACUAAGACUGAGUUCCAUACCACAACCCCAACUGCUAUCCUUGCACCAAGCCCAGCUCAAGUCCUUACCACAACUGCUAUUCCUGCGCCAAGCCGAACUCAAGAUCCCACCUCAAUUCCAAUCUCUGUCUCCACCUCAAACUCAACUGAUGUCCCUGCCUCAAGCUCAUCCACCAUUUCCACCUCUGUUCCAGUUGCAGUCCACUCCACAAGCUCACCCACAGUCCCCGCCUUAAACUCAACCUCUGUUCCUGCCUCAAGCUCACCCACAGUUUCCACCCCAAGCUCACACACAGUAUCCACAUCGAGGAUGACCUUUGGUCAUGCCUCAAGGUCAACCUCUGGUCCCAUCCGAAUUCCAACCGCAGUCCUCACCUCAACACUGGCCCAAUUCCUCACUUCAAGACCUAGAGUCACCACUUCACCGCCAGUCUCUACUUCUCCAUCAAUCUCCACAACAACUACCACACAAAUCUUCACUCCUACCCCCAACAAGAUUUCCACUCCUCCCCUUGCCCAAAUCACUAUCCCUACUCCAGCUCUAGCCCAAAUCCCCAAAAUUGCCACAUCAGCCUCUACUCCAACCAGCACCCCCACACCAACAUUCACAAAUGUCAAACCAACCCUUACUCCGGUCCCUACCACAGUUGUCACAACCAAUCUACCAACACUUAGUAAACCCACCACAACCUCAAUCGCAAAUCUAACCACAAUUUCCACACCAGCCCCAUCCAGAAUUGUCACCACCGUUACACCAUCCCCAACCACAGCAGCUCCUGCCACAACCUCCAUACCAACUUCUACCAAAAUCACAACCCCCACACCAGGCCCUACGCCAAGCAUCACAUCAACUGCUACACCAGACCCUACCACAACUGUCACAACCGUCAAACCAACCCACACACCAGUCCCUACCACGAUCACCACAACCUCUGUUCCAAUUCCCAACACCAUCCCCACAGCAGCCACAACCAGAACUGUCACCACUGUUACAGCAGCCACUACCACCACCGAGAACCAGGCUUUGGAGCCUGCUCCAGUGGAGACUACCCAUAACAGAGACUCAGAGAAGAUAACAGAUAUGGAGGUAGAAGAGGAUGGAGAAGAGGAGAUUAGUGACUCUCAACCGAAAAAGAGGAAAGUGGAGAAUUCUCCUGGAGCCAAAGACACUGUCCCAGAGGCCCCAGUGGCUCCUCGACCAGAAGAGACUGAUAAACAGAAGGUAGAGGAGAGCGUCGGCGACGACAGAGCCACCAGCAACAAGAGGCCUCUCAGUCGCCAGAGCAGUCAGGAGUCUGUGCACUCCUCCUCUCCCUCCUCGGUGUGUUCCACUCCCACACGGUCAGCCCAACACAGGAAGGGUGCAGAGAAGAGGGCACCUGCCAAGAGGAUGCGAGGGGAGGUUUGCUCUGACCCAGAGAAGAGAGAAAGAAAGACAGAGAAAGAUUUCACCAAUGCUACUCAGAGGAGGCAGUCCAGGUCCUCCUCUUCAGACUCUGACACCUCUGAAACCAGGAAGGAGCACCUCCUCACCCGCUCAGCCCAGAGCCGACAGGAGACCGAGGGGGACGGCGAGAGCAACGGGCGGAUUGGAAGACCCGCCAGGAGCUCUGAACGUGUGGGCAGGACUGUGUCCAACAACACCAGUACUGGGGAGUCUGGCAGCCAGACAUCCUCUGUGAGAGUCACCCGGAAAUCCUCUGUUCCUCAGCCCACCCCAGAGAGAAAACCCCAGUCCAACAGUGUGCCCUCUAGCACUAGCCAGCCAGAGGUCCUAGGGAAGAGGUGUUCAGCCCUGAACGCUGCAGCCAAACUCCUUGCCAUGCGAGGCAGGAUUGACACCCCUGGCAGCAGGAAAGACCCUGCGGCUAAGACCAGUGGGCAGAAUGCCACUUCUCCUGCUUCCUCUGACAAGAACCAGAAGUCCAAACCUAAAAGUGCACCAGCCACUCCGCAAACCAACUGCUACAACAAAGUAGGAAGCAGCAAGACAACAACCCCAACCCAGUCAAGCCGCACCGCCGCACGCUCCACCCGCCAGUGCCCUGGUGCCCUCGUCCCGGCCCUGGAGACGAACCGCAAGAGGGGGAGCAAAAAGGAGAAGGAAAAAAAGAAGCCCUCCGAGGGAAAGGAGGAGGGUGAGCGGGAGACGCGCUCGUCCAGGGGCCACAGUGCAUGCAGCAGCAUGAGUAGCGAUGGUGGUGGCAGCAGCAGGAGCCAGAGCAGCAGCAGUAGCCUCAGCUCCCAGAGCACCGGGCGCAACCACUCACGAGCACCCUCCUCCGGCAGUGAACGUGAACGCAGCACCGAGAGGGGCAGGAGGCGCAGCCACAGGAAGGAAGGAGAGGGCCGGGGGAGGGAGACCCGGAAGGAAAGAAAGGAGAGGCACGCCCAGAAGCGGGAGAGGCUUUCCCAUGAAGGGAACGCCGGCUCGGGAGAGGGCACCCCGGACAGGGUGCUGCGCAGCGUGGCGGCUAUGGCAGCGGCUCAGGCCCGCACACCAGCCGCUAACACCCGCUCCUCCUCUGCCCAACACAACAAGACAUGAUGAGAGGACUAGAGAUGAGGAGUGAGGGAUUCUGACUGGAAAAAUAGAGGGGUAGGUUGUAACAGAGGGGAAAUGACCUCUAAAGUUGCUGCUUUGUCUACACUGACAGACCAGAGCAGAACAAUGAGUGUUGUGCAGGUCAGUGACCUCUUUCCCUCUUGGGCCCCUCUCCCCCCAAACCACAUUAAAGCUGGUCUCCUCUCCAGUUCAGCCAUCAUCAACUGGGGGAAAGGCUCAGGGAUGCCAGACUGUCUGCAAAGAGAAAGGUGGCACCAUGGUAGUGCCAUUCCAGAGGUGAGGUGUUGGUAGUCCUGAAGGUGUCACUUCAUACAGACAGUGGCUUGACUGCGGGGACUUUGUUGCGAGUGAGUAAAUUGUUAGUUCACGCUAUGUACUGUAAAACAUUUAAAAAGACUGGAAUACUAAGAGAUGUAUGUGUCCGAGAGAGGUUUAAAUUGUGCCCUAUAUACAGAGUUUAUUCGCUGCCAGGGUUAUUGAUUCAAAAUAAGCUUUUGAGUGACCGUUGUAUCGUCAGAUGAAGGUUUCCAGUCAGUUGAUAAGUGAUGGAUAUUUUAUGGUUUCUUCCAGGGAAUUAGGAAGAGAGCAGAUCUGUAAAUGUGAUCUUUGCUGCACUAUGCUGGAGUUGAUCUUUGCUUGGGCCUCCCUAUCUUGUGAUUUUUCUGCCCAUCUUUUUAAAUCCAGCCUGCAUUUUUUUAUUUGCCCAUCAGACAUGUUGUCCUCAGCAUAAUUUGAGUGCAUCGUUGUGUAGUAUUUCUUUUACAUAAAUUUCAAUCAAAAUACUACUAUGUUCCUGGUACCUCACACAAUGCAUCUCUCAAGCUCUAAAUAUGUCUGUCUCUCUUAUGUAUCUUGAAGAUAGUACUUAUUUUGCUUACUGGCAAUGCAGAAACAGGAGCAGAACUUUGAUUUAAUUCUCCUCACCUUUCCAAAGUCAGUCAGACAUUAUGGUCAACGUCAUGAAGUUCAUCUAAAAGGGUAUUGAAUCUUUGGGAAUAAAAUGAGUGCCUAUUAGGCCGAGCAGGUGGACGGAGAUCCCAGUUUGCCUUGUCAAGUACCUGACGUUGGGGUGUUGUCAUUAGUAUAAAAAAAAUCCACCUUCUGUAAAUCACAAGUAACGCACCCUAUGCAUCAGUGCUAUCAAAUUCUAUAUCAUUAUUUUUUACUUUUGUCAUUUCUUCAUUGCUCCUCUUUCAUGUAAGUACUUGGACAAAACAUGUGAAUAAAACACUGGUACAGUUCCAGGUGGCUCUAUAUAUUGUCAAUUUACUUUGAGGACUUGCAUUUGGAAAAGCUAUUUUUGGGCAGGGUGCUGUUUUCAGUGAAUGGGUGGGUGGAAUAUGGUAAUGGUCUUAUUUUGUUAUCUUGAUGUCUUUCAUUUGUUACAUUCCUCUUUUCCCUUGUAAUUCUACAUCGUUUUACUUGAAAGAUUAAAAGACAAUGAGUUGAAUAAAAAGACCAAAAAUGUA